AUGGUCAGCCGGGAGCCCGUGCCCGGCCCGGCCGCGGGCAGCGAGGGCAGCCAGGAGAAAGCCAUGACGGUGCGCUCGGUACUGCUCAACCGCGACUCGCCCGACAUCGAGACCCGCCUCAAGCGCCGGCGCAACCGCACGCAGCAGGUCCGCUUUAAGGACCUGGUGGAGGGCGGCGUGGGGCGGGCGGCCAGCCCCUCCCCGGUCCCCAACACCCCCCGUGCCUCGCCGCCCCCCAGGGACGCCCCUGAGCCGGCGGCUCUUCGUGCCUCCCGCCGCAGCUGGCCCCAGGCGCAGCCGGGCUCGCUGACGCUGCCCAUGCCCCGCAGGGCGUGCAUGAGCACCGCCAUCCAGACCUCCCCCAGCCUCCAGAAGCCCUUCCCGGCCUCCCAGCCCCGCAGCAAGAGCGUCUGCGAUGUGACCGGGGACACGGUACUGCCCGCUGCUGCCACCGCCGGGAGUGCCCGGUGCCCAGGUGCCAGCCGGGCUGUGCCCCCGCGAGCGUCCAGCAGCCUCCCUACGCGCGAUCAUGCCACAGUCCUCACCCACCAUGCCACAGUGUGUCGUGGCCCACCACCACCACCCAGGGAUCCCUGUCCCCCCUAUCCGGGUACGGCUGGAUGCCCUGCUGCCCGGUCCACUUCCGCGGUGCAGAGCUGUGCCCCCGAGCCCUGCCCGCCACUCCCAGCCUGCACUCAGCUCCGUGGCAACCGUGGAGGCAGCCGCGGGACAGCCCCUCGCCCGGCCUCCGUGCCCUGCAGUCAGCCCUGGCCAUCCACUGAGCCGCGGGGGCUCGGCCGGAGCGACUCGGAGCGGAGCUUACUCCGUGGGCACCCACCAGCCCAGCCCUCACUACGCUGCCAGCAGAGCACCCCUGCCACGGACACCCACGGCCUCUGCCAGCCAGCUCAGGGCAACCCCCUGCGGGACCCCCCGCCACCCCAGCACCAGCUCUGCCACACGCCAUGGGGGGGGCCCUGCUGCACCUCACCAAACCCUGUCCUGCCCAUGCCAAACUGGCAUGGCCCUGCCACCUCAGCACCAGAGAAGUCACCAGCUGCACUCAGCCGUCCAGACCCCCACGGCAUUUGCAGCCGGCUACACACCACCGAGCCGGGGCACAACCGGGCAGGACCAGAUGGGCCCAGGGAGCUGCUGCACCCAACCCCACAGGGCCCCAGCAUGGGCAUGCAGCCAGCUGGGCAGGCACUGGAGGUCCCUCAACACGGGCAGACCUGCCUCACUGCUGAACAGUCAGAGACACUGCGCCACGUCCAGGACUUUUUGCAGCUGGUGGUGGUGACUAAGGGGCCGGUGGGACCACCAGCAGGGGACGAGGACACCCGGACAUCUCAGGGAGAGGGCCCACGGGGGUCUGGGGAGCAGGGGGACCUGCAAUCCCAGCUGCAGUCCCUGGAAGGGGUGCUGGAGACCAGCCAACAAACCAUCCGGGUGCUGCUGGACGUCAUCCAGGACCUGGAGAAGAAGGAGGCCCAGCGGGACGGGAGACACUCGUACCGGACUGGGCAAGACAUCGCCAACUGCGGGACCUGCCGGGACUGUGCCUGCAUCAUCUACAGCGUGGAGCACGACUUCCGGCAGCAGGAGGGACGCUUCCAGCAGGUGCUGAGCCAUAUCGAGGGCGAGACGACCACAGGCUCCCCAGCAGCGGUGGCAGUGGCAGUGCCAGGAGCCACCUCGUCACCCAGGCAGGAGCCAUCGCCGGUGGCGAAGCUGCCAGCAAAGCUGGACGCCAAGAAAUCCAGACGCAAAUGCUUCUGGUUCCUGUGA